AUGGUGUUUUGGGUUUUUGUUUUUGUAUGGAGUUGUGGUUGUAUCCCGCCGGCCGCUGUAGUGAACGAAUGGUGCAAUGCUCACUUAGAGUUUGGUGUUGAUGGCCGGAGUAAUAAACGAGGACAUAGCAAAAUGGCAUCCGAAUCCCGUCUCUACACCUUCUCCUCUGAGACCCUCGAGGGCCUCCGGAAAUUCCGCCUAGGCACUUCCCGAGCUUCUAAACCCCAGGGCGUGAUCUACAAGAUCGACAAAGUAACUUUGGAGAUCAAACUCGAAGACGACGAGGCAGAGGUCUACACCUCCCUAAAUGAGAUAUCUGAUGGCCUCCCCGAACAUGUCCCACGCUUCGUUCUCCUCUCUUACCCGGUCACGCUAAAUUCCGGCCGACGAGCGACGCCGUACGUGCUGCUAUAUUAUCUGCCACUCACAGCCAAUAACGAGCUUAGGAUGUUGUAUGCUGGGGCAAAGGAGCUGAUGAGAAAUAAAGCUGAAGUGGGCAAGGUACUUGAAGUUGCGGAUGAGGAGGAGAUUUUGCAGGUUGAGGAGAUCUUGAAGGAGUGAGUGGGGUUGUGAUAGGCGGAUGGAUAUGCUGGGGCGUCUUGUUGGAGGAUAUUGUGUUUUUUUCUUUUUUGGGUUUCGUAUAUGAGGUUUGCGCCGCCCGGCGGGGUGGUAGGAACCAUACUUCCCUGCCCUGAUGGUAUUGAGUUGUGUUAUGUACCUUGCCUGAAGCCGCCCCGCGUGAUCAGGGCCUAUGAUUCAUAUACUUGUGAAAUUAUGAGCUCAUCUUUGGCCAA